GAGCGCUGUGGCGGCGACUGGGGCGGCAGAGGAAGGCGGCGGCGGCGGCGGCGGCCCGGUCCGGAGUCCCGCUCCGCUCCCCGCGCCAUUUCGGACCCGGAGCGAGCUUGGCGCGGGCCUGAAGGAGGCGGCGGCGGCGGGAGCCUGAGGCGCGGAGGCUCCGCGGCGCGGAGAGAGAGGCCUGCUGAAAAUGACUGAGUAUAAACUUGUGGUAGUUGGAGCUGGUGGCGUAGGCAAGAGUGCCUUGACGAUACAGCUAAUUCAGAAUCACUUUGUGGACGAAUAUGAUCCUACAAUAGAGGAUUCCUACAGGAAACAAGUAGUAAUUGAUGGAGAAACCUGUCUCUUGGAUAUUCUCGACACAGCAGGUCAAGAGGAGUACAGUGCAAUGAGGGACCAGUACAUGAGGACUGGGGAGGGCUUUCUUUGUGUGUUUGCCAUAAAUAAUACUAAAUCAUUUGAAGAUAUUCACCAUUAUAGAGAACAAAUUAAAAGAGUAAAAGACUCUGAAGAUGUGCCUAUGGUCCUAGUAGGGAAUAAAUGUGAUUUGCCUUCUAGAACAGUAGACACAAAACAGGCUCAUGACUUAGCAAGAAGUUAUGGGAUCCCAUUCAUCGAAACCUCAGCAAAGACAAGACAGGGUGUUGAUGAUGCCUUCUACACAUUAGUCCGAGAAAUUCGAAGACAUAAAGAAAAGAUGAGCAAAGAUGGUAAAAAGAAGAAAAAGAAGUCAAAGACAAAGUGUAUAAUUAUGUAAAUACAAUUUGUACUGUUUUCUUAAGGCAUACUGAAGUGAAGGUGGUAAUUUUGUACAUUACACUAAAUUAUUGGCAUUUGUUUCAGCAUUACCUAAUUCUUUUCCCUGUUCGUGCAAACUGUCAGCUUUUAUCUUAAAUGCUUAUUUUAAAAUGACAGUGGAAACCUCUUUAUUCCAAGUGCCAGUAUUCCCUGGGUUUUGAACUUAAACUAGCAAUGCCUGUGGAAGAGACAAAGACCUGAGACUGUCUUGGGUUCUGGUGCGUGCCCAUGAUUCCUUGCUACUUCUUUUACCAGCUGUGAGCGUUGGCGUGAACCAUGGUAAUGAAGCUUUUGAGCCAUCCUGCUCUGUGUUUCAUCUAGUCACAGAAUGAAUUAUUAGUAAUUACAGCUUCAUCUGAGACCAUAUGAUUGGUUCUGCUAAGACUGAGGGAUCACAGAUUUAUGGGCUUCCCUUUGAUUCACUUCUAGCAUGUCCGGAGUCUAUCAUGCUUCGUAAGUGUAGUUAGUUAGACUGUUCACAAAGGCUUUCUCUUGCUUUCUACUGCUAUUAGUCAUGGUCAUGCCCCAAAAUAGUAUAUUUUUUCUAGAAAAGGGGGAAAAUGGGAAAAAAAAAAGGCAAUGGAAAAUAGUGAAUAAAAGUCCAUUCCAUAUUAGCUAAAUUACUGUAAGAUUCCUGAUAGCUUUUCCUGGUAAGGCAGACCCAGUAAGAAAUAGUAACCAUUUGGGCUAUAUUUACGAGCUAUUAAAUUUUUGUAAUAAUUCCAACAAUUUUAACAUUAUAUAAGUUCUCAUAAGAAUUAGUAUAAUCCCGAUGUCAGAGUGUUCUUCCUUAGCCUAACUUUUAAGUGUUUUGAACUUAUGUCUUGAUAGUAGUUUUAAUUCUGGUAGAGAAACUGAAGAUGAUUUGAGACAGUUGCAGCUUAACAGGUGUUGAGAUCAAGUUUGCAAGACUGGGCCUUACGUGACCUGUGAUGAGCAACAGUCAGUGUUGGUCAGGAUGAGGAUAAGGAGAGUUUGGACAGCUCAGUCAGUGCAUUCGCAUGUAGCAGUUCUGCUGACAAAUCUGGAAUAUUUCUUUUGUUUAUAAUAAAAAAAAUUUAAAUUUCUGUUAGUUUCAAGGUUGAGAUGUUGGGGUAAGAGGCUACAAGGAGAGUACAUCUUUAGGACAGUGUAGUAUGAAGGCUUGAGAAUGUGUGUUUGACUAGUCUCUCACCUCUGAGCAAACAUUCCUAAUACUUCCCCAGCUGAUGUGUACUUAGAAAUCUCUGUGCUCUAAGGAUAGACAACAGCAAAAACAAUCCCUUCAGUCACUUAAAGCAUUCCUUCAAAUUUCUGAAGUGACAUUAAAAUCCACUGGACUAUGAGGACUGGAUGUCUAUCUUUUAGAAGUCUGAUUUUAGGCAUAUCACUGUCUUACUCAGUGUUCAGUCAUCUCAAAAGCUCCUCACAGCUGUGUAACUUAGUCUGUUUACACACUGACACACCGAGUGGUCACGCUCAGCACGAUCUGUAACUUUUUUACAUGGAUUAUCAUCUUCACUGCCAGUCCUGGGCAAAAUUGUGCAAUAGGCAAAGUUUAUAGUUCAGCAUCCGUUCUCCAAUUUCCAGAUGCCCCAGACUUAGUGUAGUUUCCUUUUAAUACUUUAAUUUCCCCCACUUCAAAUUUUAUUUUUGCAAUGAACAACUACAUGAAAGUUGCCCACUAAGGAAGGUUCAUCAAAGCUGCCUAUGACUUUCUUCCCCAGGGUUUAAAAUAAUCCAACAGAAACCAGACUGGGAUUUGAAUUGAUAGCUGGUUUUCAGGAGGCCACUACAGAAAUUUAAUGUUGAUCCUUUUUGACUUCAUGCCUGCAGCCCCUAUCUUCAUCUGGGCAUCAUUCUGGUUGAUAAGAGUCCACUGUUUUAAUAAGUGCAGCCUUACAGUGAAAACACUUUAAAGUUUCAAUCAGAUAGCUCAUUUUUAAAGUCAGAAUAUAUUUCCUUAGCAUUUAUUCAGUACUUGUCUUAAUGCUAGGCACCACACAGGCACUGGUGAUGUGAUGUGGUGUCCCCAAAGAAGGGACACAAUCCUUGGCCCGAGGUUUGUAGUGUAUUUGUAAUACUCUAGUAAGAUGUGUGGCCGAGGGCCUCGAAAUAAUAGAACACAUGGUUUCAGUUUUGCAGAGAGGUGUUUGCAGUUUCCUCUCGAUUCAGCAAGAAUUGCUGGUUGUGAUUCCAGUGCAACUUUAUUUUUUCUAAAAGAACAGAAAUUCCCUAAUCUAGUUUUCUCCUUAAGUAGAUAAUUUUUUAAAAAAACUUAUGAAAAUUAAAUAUUAACUUCUAAAAUAGUUUUAUUUGGGUACAAAUAAGCAGGCACCUGAGUUUAUUUGCAAGAAAAGAAAAUUAGUAGGAUUCUGAAAUGUUCUAAACUCUACAUGUUCCUAAAAUAUUCUUUCGGUGGAUAUUUUAAGUUUUUUUUUUUUAAUAUGUGUGUGGGGUUUUUUUGUUUGUUUGUUUUGUUUUUUUGCUGGGGGAGGAGGGUCCAAGAUCUGGCUUCUCUGUGUAGCCCUGGCUGGCCUGGAACUCACUCUAUAGACCAGGCUGGCCUCAAACUCACAGAGAUCUGCCUGCUUGUGCCUCCCAAGUGCUGGGAUUAAAGGCCUGAGCCACUGCUGCCCGGAUAUUAAGUUUUAACACAAUUAGUGACGCUUCUUGUUUCUAUACAGAGGAGCAGGUAUACUUCAGGAGCUGCGGUGCAUAAUCAGAUAUUUACUAGAGACUCUGGGCAGUGUGUUAAGUAGUGGUAAUUACCAUUGUGUAAAUUUUGAAUAUUUAGUCUUUUGUUAACAAGAAGGUUUUGUAGAGAUUUUUCAAAGGGAAAAAGUCCGAGGAACAAACAUAAGUGCUAUCUAGUUACUACAGCCUGUUGAAAUUGAAAACCAGUGCUAAAUAACAGUCAUAGGCAUUAGCAUGUUUGUGGGGAUAUAGCAGACAAAUACAAUUUGAGUAAAUAUUUUCAGUCAGGAGUUCUAGGCUCUACUGACUUGAGUCACACUGCAUAGGGAUUUAGAUCCUAAUUUUUAUAGAUUAUUAAGACUUUUCACUGUUGCACAAUUUUGUUUAACAUACAUAAAAGUUACGUGAGGCAUGUCAGAAGUUAGUUUGCAGAUUCAUCUCAUUUUGUAUUCCACUGAUUCUUCCAUUUUUUUUCCAAAACAAUAAUAUAUAUUUAGGAGGGAUUUUUGUAGGCAAUAAAAAUUUAAACUCCAUUUGUUAAACGUAGUAAUUUCUUGAUAAUCGUGUAGCCAUUUUUUUAAGCCCCAAAAGUUACCUUAAAGGUGAAUUUAUUCUUAAUGACUUCUGUGUAAUACUGGGUAGCAUGAACUCCGCACUGAAAAAUUGAACAGAUAUACCCAGUAGGUGUAAAAUUAUGUCAAAACAUGAAAAUUAUUUCUAAAGAAAUGUAUUAGUUUUCAAAGAAUAGUUAUUAAUUGGAUUCAGAUUUGUGGUGUGCCUAUUUGGGAUGGCGGUAGGCAUUUUAGAUGAAUUUUGGAAAAUUCAGUUCUCUGCAGAAAUGCCAGUUUCAGACCCACCCACCCCCGCCAGCUAACUGGGCUGUGUCCUGAUUUAUCUCCAGGUCCCCAAUUCCACUGUCUCAUUCUUCAUGUUGAAAACACUUCUGCAUUUUUAUUUGAGUGCCAAUUUCUUACUAGUGCUAUUUCUUAAUGUAACAUGUUUACCUGGAAUGUAUUUUAACUAUUUUUGUAUAGUGUAAACUGAAACAUGCACAUUUUGUACAUUGUGCUUUUCUUUUCUCUUUUUUUCUUUUUUCUUUUUUUGGUGUGUGUGGGACAUAUGCAGUGUGAUCCAGUUGUUUUCCAUCCUUUGGUUGUGCUGAUCUAGGGAAUGUUGGUCAUAUCAAACAUUAAAUUUAAAAAUGACCACUCUUUUAAUUAAAAUUAACUUUUAAAUGUUUAUAGGAGUAUGUGCUGUGAAGUGAUCUGAAAUUUGUAAUAUUUUUGUCAUGAACUGUACUGCUCCUAAUCAUUGUAAUGUAAUAAAAAUAGUUAUGGUGACUAUAAA